UGUAGGUACCCGGGGUCUAAAUUUUACUGGAAGACUUCGUUCGGGAGAGGCAACAACAUUUGGUUUGUGUAGCUUUUGUCACUAGCAAAUAGCGCAAUUUUAAUUUCAACUUUUUUGUACAGAUGACGCAAAGAAAGUUACCGCUGUGGAUGCUACCGGUUGGCAGAGAACAGAAUGAAGCUAUGCUGCUGGCAGGCAAGAAGAAUAGCAGAUCAAUGAAUGAACAAUACCAUGAGGAUGGCAAAUUGAAUGAAGAUUCAACAACAACCGGAAAAAAUGACGAGCAAAAUGAAAAAAGAACAAUCGCUCGACACCCAUUAACAGUAGGGCGUUCGAACAAUACCACCGUACUAUCCGACAAGUCGAUCGCGUUACAACGCCCGCCAAUCGAAUAUCUGCCGUUUGUAGAUUAUACAGGUAGCAUCGAACAUUAUAUUAUAUUGCCGGAUGUGGCCCACAGCAGUCAGAUGCUUUUAAAAUGGAUCGAUCGUACAGUUGCCGGUACCAAGGUACCGAUUGCAUUUGACCUUGAGUGGUCAUUCAGUUUUAAAACCGGCCCUGGACGUACGGGCUUAAUGCAGCUAUGUGCCGAACCGGGUCGCUGCAUCCUAUAUCAGCUAUCGUGCCUAAAGCAUUUGCCAAUAGCAUUGCUGCAGCUGCUCGGCCACGAGCGCGUCAUACUUCUCGGUGUCAACAUAAAAAACGAUCUCCGGAAGCUGGCUCGAGAUUUUCCCGAGGUGUCGUCGGUGGAUAGCAUCAUCGAGCGAUGCAUUGAUCUUGGUCAGUUUUACAACAAGCUGCACCAACGUUCCGGCGUUUGGAGCAUGGACCGUUUAGUGCAACAGGUGCUGAAGCAACGUGUCAACAAGGACAAGAGAAUUCGCAUGAGUAAAUGGGACGUUUUGCCACUGACCGAGGAGCAGAAACGAUAUGCAGCUAUUGAUGUUUAUAUAACCCUUUUACUGUAUCAAGAGCUGUGUCGUGAACAACGUAUACAGGAUGAGCGCGAAAAUAUUUCGGUUUAAUUUAACUUAACUACACGGAUUACCAAUUUCUCAGUUUCUGGAAACCACUACUUUGCAAAAUGAAAACCCUAUAAAACUGUGGCUCAUAUUGAAAUAAUAAAGCGGUAAAAACCCAUUA